CUUCAUAAAGAAAGCAUUUAUAAUGUAACUUGCAGAAGAUACAUACAUAUUACAUACAUUAGCAGCAAGAAAAAGAGAACACACGUGUUUUACGAGAGACGUAAAAUUUAUGCCUCGGGUUUUACUCAUAGUUAUUACAAAUAAGGAAUCUCAGCAGAUGAUACGAAGUGAUUUACACAAAACGCAAGGCUCUUCAACGCGUAUCUUGAAAUUGAUCAAGUGGUAUUACAUUAUUACAUGAGGAUAUCGUAGCUUAACGUAUACUUUUCCCAUAUUGAAACAUCAAUGCAAUGGAAGCGAAUGAUAUGUGUUUGCCUAUAACUAAAACGUCCCCCGGCCAAUGUAAGAUCAAGCACAGUAGUCUAAACCCGCAUACAGAUAUAGAAGGAGCGUGCGCAACAUGCGACAUCAUAGGACAUUGCGAUCAAAAUGAGCAUGAUAAAGGCGAGUCUUUUGGUGAUAAUGGUACACCAUUUAACAGGCCGCUGAAAGAUGAUGAACACAUACCAGAUGACACCGAAAAAUUUAAUAUCGAACAUUUUCUCAAAGUUCACAAUAGGUCCAGUCAUAAAAAAGAAUGCAUUCGUGAUUCGCAUUGUGACAUAACUACCCAAUCAACUAACUCAAAUGCGAUACCUCUGCGACGGCGCCACCUCCCUGCUUCGUUUUGGAAAGAACCGAGUAAACCCCAACAAAAGUUGCCCCUGCCCCCGAUGGAGUUCAGUUACGGAGCGACACUUGCAGCAUUGGGGUAUAAAAACAGUGUCAAUGGCCAGCUCGGGUUGCGGAGUUACGAACAGCCAUUCUUCCCAACGUGUGAUAAUGUGCACAACCCUGACAUAACCGUAGAAAAUAUGAUAAGAAGCAAUGCAGACUAUAUUCUCCACCAGCUCGGCAGAAAGUUUCCCCCUUUGGAGACAAGCAGUCUGAAUCAUACGGAAUCCACGCCAAAUCAUGGGACUUUUAGACACAUCGAUGCAUCAAGACACACUGCCAAUAGACUACUGCCUGGACACACUGACACCAGGACACCUAGGUUCGUUGACUCUGGAUAUAUUGAAUUACCGCAUUCUUUGAACAUUAACCCAAAAGAAUCCAUGAUAAAUAAUCGUGACACGAACAAUAUGUUGCCAUGGGAUCCGUUGCUAAGAGGGACAGUUGGUAGGCAACAUAUAUGGAGGCCUGUCCCAAGAGCUAUGAAUCGUGUUGGACUUAGAUACCAUCCGUAUAUCGGUCUAAAAUCGCCCCUUUCUGAAGUACAAUAUCCACAGGAUCAAAUGAAAAUAUAAUACUGUGAGUUCCUUCACACUGUACACUUGCUCAUACCCUCUCCCAUAUCUCCAAAAGCAGUUUCGUUCGUUGCGUACACUUACGGAGGAAUGAGGCACGAUUGCUCUGAACGAAAUGCUAUACACAACCUAGACGGCAACUCAUUAUAGGUCACGCAAAUCCACGCCCGGUGAUCGUGAAUAUGGGACGGAGGGGGGGAGCAGGCAAUUUCUGCUAGGAAAUUCAACAAAUCUGGAAGAUUUAUUUUUUCAAGAAAAAGUUUACUAUUGAAUUGCUAAAUGGAUAGGCGCACGGUAUGGUAGAAUAUGUUAGGUUUUCUGGGAUUUUUUCUGAAACGAUACGCAUCUAAGGUAUGAGAUCUAUUAAAAAAGGCGCAAGGCCAUCAACAGGCACAAAUCAACGUUUUUGCUAUAAUUCAAGCAACAAUGGUCUGGACGACCUGUAAUAAAUAC